AGAGGCGCGGGAGGGAGCGGAGAGCGAGACACGCGCGCAGAGACACUCGGGCCCUGGAAUUCCAUUAGAAAAAAGUGAGGCGAGCCGGGGUUCGCGGGAGAUGAUUUUUUUUUUUUUGAAUCUUUUCUUCUUCGUCUUGGUGCGAAAGAAGCGACUCUCGUCUCCCGUCCUCGAGGCUCCCACUGGAUUGUUCCCUGGCGCUGACACCCGUCGGGAGAAAGACAAAAAAACAACUGUGGGAUUUAUUUAACAUGAUCUUGGCAAACGCCUUCUGCCUCUUCUUCUUUUUAGACGAGACCCUCCGCUCUUUGGCCAGCCCUUCCUCCCUGCAGGGCCCCGAGCUCCACGGCUGGCGCCCCCCAGUGGACUGUGUCCGGGCCAAUGAGCUGUGCGCUGCCGAAUCCAACUGCAGCUCCCGCUACCGCACGCUGCGGCAGUGCCUGGCGGGCCGGGACCGCAACACCAUGCUGGCCAACAAGGAGUGCCAGGCAGCCCUGGAGGUGCUGCAGGAGAGCCCCCUGUACGACUGCCGCUGCAAGCGCGGCAUGAAGAAGGAGCUGCAGUGCUUGCAGAUCUACUGGAGCAUCCACCUGGGGCUGACGGAGGGUGAGGAGUUUUAUGAAGCCUCACCCUAUGAGCCCGUGACCUCACGCCUCUCGGACAUCUUCAGACUUGCUUCAAUCUUCUCAGGGACAGGGGCAGACCCACCGAUCAGCACCAAGAGCAACCACUGCUUGGAUGCUGCCAAGGCCUGCAACCUGAACGACAACUGCAAGAAGCUGCGCUCCUCCUACAUCUCUAUCUGCAACCGUGAGAUCUCGGCCACUGAGCGCUGCAACCGCCGCAAGUGCCACAAGGCCCUGCGCCAGUUUUUCGACCGCGUGCCCAGCGAGUACACCUACCGCAUGCUCUUCUGCUCCUGCCAGGACCAGGCGUGUGCCGAGCGCCGCCGGCAGACCAUCCUGCCCAGCUGCUCCUACGAGGACAAGGAGAAGCCCAAUUGCCUGGACCUCCGAAGUGUGUGCCGGACCGACCACCUGUGCAGGUCCCGGCUGGCGGAUUUCCACGCCAAUUGUCGUGCCUCCUACCAGACGCUCACCAGCUGCCCCGCUGACAAUUACCAGGCAUGUCUGGGCUCCUAUGCUGGCAUGAUCGGGUUUGACAUGACGCCCAACUACGUGGACUCCAGCCCCACCGGCAUCGUGGUGUCCCCCUGGUGCAGUUGUCGUGGGAGCGGGAAUAUGGAGGAGGAGUGUGAGAAGUUCCUGAGGGACUUUACCGAGAACCCGUGCCUCCGGAACGCCAUCCAGGCCUUUGGCAAUGGCACGGAUGUAAACCUGUCCCCUAAAAACCCCUCCUUCCAGGCCACACAGGCCCCUCGGGUAGAGAAAACGCCUUCUUUGCCAGAUGACCUCAGUGACAGCACCAGCCUGGGGACUAGUGUCAUCACCACCUGCACAUCCAUCCAGGAGCAGGGCCUGACAGUCAAUAACUCCAAAGAGUUCAGCAUGUGCUUCACAGAGCUCACGACAAAUAUCAUCCCAGGGAGUAACAAGGUGAUCAAACCUAACUCAGGCACCUGCAGAGCCAGACCGUUGGCCGCCUUGACCACGGCCUCCCUCCUGAUGCUGAAGCUCGCCUUGUAGGCGCUGGAGCCGCGUCGGGAGAUUUUGGAGAGCUUCGCAGACGAGAGACCCGCCUGACAAAAUGGAAACACACAGACACACACACACCUUGCAAAAAAAUUUUUUUCCCACCUUGUCUCUGAACCUGUCUCCUCCCAGGUUUCUUCUCUGGAGAAGUUUUUCUAAACCAAACAGACAAGCAGGCGGGCCGCCCGAGAGCCCAGGGGUCCCCGGCCAGGGCAGCCCAGCGCCGAGGCGGCCUGAGGAUCUAGAAAGGCCCUUCCCUGGCUCCUGGUGUUUGCCUCUGUGGACCUUGUUGGCGGAAGAGACCGAGCUGAGACCCCUGCAGCCCACGGGCCUUCCUGUUGUGCCUGAUGCGGGCGGGGGCAGGCUGCGGCCGCUGUUCUUCUCCAGCCCCCACCCAGCGACCCGCAGGGGCCAGCAGAUGACCUCAGGCCACAGGACAGCAAGGCUGGCCGUGGGGACGGGGUGGGGAGGGCCCAGCUGGGCGCCUCAGAACCUCCUCGGGCCUUCAAGAAUGAAGGUCAUCUGGUCCUCCCUCUGGGCUGGGCUGGCCUGUGUCUGACUGGGGGAGUAUGGUGCUGACCCCCUGACUGCAGCACGGGGGUCUGGGAGCCCAGCCCACCUGGGAGACCCCCUUGGGGAGAGGGAGCAAGACUUGGGCACUAGCUCUAAGCCGUCGCUUCCUCCUUGGUAGCAAGAAUUUUGAAAUCAAAGAGAAAUGAUGCUUUGUUGGCUUUUUUUUUUUUUUUUUUUUUGGUUUCUCGUGGGUCCAUUGGGUGGGUCUCCUUUGGGGGAAGGGGCUGCUGAGGGGCAGAAAGGACCUGCAUCCCCUCUGGUCUCUGAAAUCUCUCCUGCCCCUCUUCUACCUGCUGUGUCCUCAUUCCGAGACAUACACCAACUGUAUGUACAUAACAAGGCUCCUUCCUCAACAUAUAUGUAUAUACACAUCCAUAUACAUAUAUCGUGUGAUUCCCCUUUCUUUCCUUUUUUUAAGAAUCAAGAUUAUGGAAAUAAUGCCCCAACAGAUGAGCGAAAAUGUAUUAUUGUAAAGUUUAUUUUUUUUAAUAACGUUGUCUAUGAUGGGAGAAUAGAAGACCGGCCCCGUGUCCUUGCCCUGGUCGGGCUGGCUGGGCUGGGGGAGGGAGUCCGAUCCGUGCUCACGCUUAGCAAGACUCUAAUAAACCUACUAGGAAGCAGUUUGCCUCUGCCUCACUCGGGUCUGCCUGCUCCUGUUUGGGUCUUGGCUCGGUGCCUCCUGCUGGCAGCCUCUUGGUGGCUCCUGGGGACCUUGGGGAGGGGUGUGUGUGUACCUGUGUGCACACGUUUCUUCUAUGUGUCCUCGGUGUGGGUGGUGGUUUCACAGCAGGUGGGGGUGAGCCCUGGGGUGCAGGACUGGAUGGCACGUCUCAGCGGUGUCUUGUUUGAAGGCUGCCUGGGUGGACCUGUCAGGUGACUGUAGUGUAGGGUAGCUCUUCCGUCGGGGACUCCUGGAAUACUUCAUUAUGCCAUGUGAAGGCAGGGACCUGGCUCAUGGGUCUCAGUGGAGAAGGAAGGCAGUUAUGGGUAUUCUAGGGUCAGGGUCCAAAAGAGCAAAGAUGUUUUUGUCUCCUUCCUUCCUUCUAUUUUUCUCCAUUUGCCACUUAGACUUCACCUGCACCUGCCCUGAUUUCCCCAGAGAGGACGAUGAUGUGUUCCCCUAGGCUGUACCUGAUCACAGCUUGUCUCCUUCAGGAGAGGAGAUGCCAUCUCCAGUCUCCCAGUCUUGGCCCCCUUCUACUCUGCCCUCCCUACCAAUGACUCUAUUUUCUAGUUGCACAUACACUAGGAACAUGGGGCCUUGGUGGUGACCAAAGGGUGGGGGUACUAUGUUUUGGCCCCUGCGUGGAGGGACAGUGAGCCAGCCAGCUCUCCUCCCCAGCCACCAUCGGCCUUACUGUGGUAAAGGUGGUGGUAGAAUCCACUUGGGGAUCCAUGUUCUUUGUAAACAGCAAAUAUGGGUUAACUUAAGGGACUUUUAGGGAACAUGACUCGGGAAGCCUAGUGUUGGAGGGUGGGGUGCUAGGCAGGAACCAAGGACAUCUGGAGGGACAGAGGCAGGAUCUCCGGGAUCAGCCUGCUGCCAUCUCUGUGAUGAAUAACCCAUUGUUCCAAUGGCUCAACUGGGAAUUUCUGCCUGUCUUCUAUUCUUUUGGGGGAGAAGAGGAUGGUUUGCUUCUGGCAUCCCUAAUAGGAGUUAAACCCUUAGAUUGCAUAACGGGAGACAUCAAUUUUUGCCAAAGAAAAUGUAGGUAGCACUGUGAAGGCGGAAUGGAUGCUGGCAGCUUCACUCUGCUUUAAACAUCUCCCCAUUCAGGUACCACAUGGUUCAGAUUCCAUGAUUAGAUACUCCUCCUUUUGGUUGAGAUGAUUCCUGUUCUCUGUCAUCCUCUCAAAAUAUGUCAAUAAAAUUGGGAAGA